AUGGAAAAGCGAACCGCAGAGAGUCCCAUGGACUUUGAGUGGCAGUCCAGGGGCGGCCCCGGCGACGUGACUUCGCCCUUCUAUCAGCUCAGCAUGCAGCAUGACAACAAGAAGCGCUCGCACAAUGCCUUCGAAUCCCCCGAGAAAAAGUCCCUUCCUGCCCUCCGCCCGCCCAACAACCAACCUUUCCUCUUUUCACAAUCCCGACCGCAAACGGGCCCCGGAACACCCAAGGCCGCCACCUACGCCCAGCCUGCGUUUAUGACGCCGCGGAAAUUCGAUAUCGACUUUUCAUCAGGAGCGGAGAAUUUCUCGUCACCGGAGAAUGCGGAUAACGACGAGACACCGGAGCAGCCUACAAAGUCGGGCCAUCGAAACUCGCUGUUUGGCAUGUACGGCCGCUUCGCACCGAGUCCAGGACGCGGCGAAAUACAGCGACUGACUCACUACUCCAAUGCGGCGGUUCGGCGGGUGCAGAAGCGGCGAUUACGGAACAAACAGCUGGGUCUGCAGAUACACCGGGAUAGCGACGAUGAGAGCGAUCGGCCGAGUAGCAGCGAGGGCAAGACAAAGGGCAAAAAACAGGGACACACAGAAGGGGAGCAAUCGUCGCGGAUGUCGUCGUUCUCGGACUUUUUCGCCCUGCUCGAGGCUCAUCCGAACGUACCCAACAUCCUCUCGUGGUGGGCACAGCUGCUCGUCAAUCUCUCGCUGUUCUCGCUCGCUGUGUAUGUGGUCUUUGGAUUUGUGUCGGCGAUUCGCUCGGAGUUUGAUCAGGCGGCGGAAGAGAUGUCGGAUACGAUUUUGGCGGAGAUGGCUGUUUGUGCAAAGGAUUAUGUCGACAACAGAUGCGGUGGAGGGGAUCAACCACCGGCUUUGAAGGCCGCGUGCGAUAACUGGGACCGAUGCAUGAACAGAGAUCCAGCAAAGGUCGGACGGGCAAGGGUGUCGGCACAGACCAUGGCGAUCAUCAUCAACAGUUUCAUCGACCCGAUCAGCUGGAAAGCGAUUCUAUUUUUCCUUGCCACCAUAUCGACCGUCACUGUCGUCAGUAAUUGGUCCUUCCGCUCGUUUAGAAGCCGCUACAACCAGCACGAUUACGCUCACCAACCACCCAGCUACUCUCGACAGCCCUCGGGUCAACAUCCUUCGAUGCCUCCGCAGCUGCCCGGUCAACAAUCACAUGGAUUCGGUUACUUGGGGACACAAGAGCAGGAGAAUUUCGCCGGCUUCCAGAAGCAGGAGAUGCCGCUACUCUUGGACCAGCCGAAGAUGGCGAAUGUCACUGAGCGAAGCCGCGAGCGCUCGAGGAACCCCCGCACUCCAAGCCCAGUUAAACGAAGCCGAACUCUCUUAUAA